UUUUACGUCAAAGCAACCGGAAUGGCGACUCUUGGUACAAAAUUUUAGGGUUUCUUUAAUAUCCAAAAUGUGUUGAUUGAUCUAAAUUAUACGUACACCGUAAUACUCACAUGUUCGUCAUCUUUAUCAAUAGCAAGAGACAUGGACAGCAGCUCUGUAGUUCAAAGUAUUGUUCAGAACCUUGUAUUUAAAGUAGAAGCAACGCCGCAAAAUAAUGUAUUGGAAUGUAUAAGUACUACAUCAUGGGUCACUCCUCUUGAUAUUAAAAUUAAAGUACGAAAGAAAAACAAGAGUGCAAUACAAGAAGGUAUACUGUCUGUGCCUAAAUUCAAUCAGCCCGGAGUUGUUCCAAAAAGAAUUCGUCUAAUCAGUAGUGAUCGAACUGUAAUGUCAUUUGAUAUGCUUGUGGAAGCUGAUAUAGAACAGAAAUAUACAAGAAAAGUAAAGAAAAAAAAUCGUCAUCAGUUCUUUGGCGGAUGCUUCAGUACUGAAUAUGAUCAGGAUGACUAUCCAUACAUAAAAAAAUCUACUCAUACUGCUAAAUCGUCAAACGAUACUAAUAAUAUAAGUAGAUCGGAUAAUGUAAUAAAACAAAGCACUAACAUAGGAAAACGGAAUAUAGAAGAAAAUAACAAUACUAAUCCGACACGGUUUAGCAAGAAAGGUCAGCGUAACUACUUUGGAAAAUGUAAGGGCGGAGGAUGCUUAGACCCACCAUUUGGUGAAGAUAAAUAUUCAUAUGGACCCAAAAACAAACGAUUAUUUUCUAGUUCGAAGGAAUGUAAUGAACUUAAAAUUAACCAAACUAAACCAAAUGAUAAAAAAAAAUCUAUUAUAAAUAGAACUAAGGAAGAAAAUGUCCGUCAAAAUGAUAUUUGUAUUAACAAACUAUCAGAUACUGUUGGGAAUAAAACUAGUGUCUUGAGUAUUUUAAGCUUAUAUCAAGCACAAUUUAUGAAAAAUUCAAUAGAUUCAAAGUAUUCAGAUUCUAUUAUAACUUACCCACCUACUGUGUUCUCCAGUGAAAAUAUAAACGAAAAAUAUCUUAAUGAAAGAAAUAAACCUUGUGGAAAUAUAUCAAGAAAAUCUUACAAUGAAUUUACUGAGACUUAUUUCAUUCCACCAAUAAGAACAAAAAAUAACGAAAUCAAUAAUGACGCUUCCAUUACAAACCUUUCCAAUAAGCGGCUUAGUGAAACAAUAGUCUCUAAUGUUAAAAUACAAACAGAGCUCUGUCAAAACUCCACAAAUUUCGUCAAACCUCUAGAAAUCUAUAAUGACACUAUGCAAACAGGUAUAGCCAAUGAAAUCAAUUUAUGUGUUGUCGACCAAAGAAAAAAAGAUGAUAUGUAUAAAAAUACUGUUGUUGAAACUAUUACAAAUACAUAUAAUGAAUCAUUGGCAUUAUCCGAAAACAUUAAAUCCAACACAAUUACUAUAAUUGAUAAAAAAUCUUAUAUUACAAAAUCAGAUACUCAGUUGAUUGUGUCUAACAUUACAAACCAAAUGCAUACUCAAAAAAAUAAUAAAGAAAUACAAGAAAAAAUAGCAGACGCAAUCAAAGACAUAAACCAGUUACCUAAUCUUAUAAAUCAAGUACAAAUAAAUAAAGAAGAUGUCGUUCACAUGUCUGAAAUGUCAGUACAUAUAUGUAAAGAAAUAAUUCAAAGUAAUAAUAAAAACAACGACUUAAAGAAUAACAAAAAAUAUUUAAAAGAUAUAAAAUUAAAAGAAAUUUAUAGAGAACAACAAAGUACUAUUAUAGACAGUCAAGUAAUUUCUCCCUAUGUUAUAAAUCAAGUACAAGAAAAAUAUACAUUUCAAUUAAAUAAUGAAGAAGUUAAAAACAUCUUAGAAAAGUCACCAGACACGUGUAAAGAACUAAUUCAAGGUAAUAAGAAAAAUGAAGAGUUAACUAAUGACAAAAACCAUUUCAAAGAUUCGAAACUAAAAGAAAUUUACAUGGAAGAACAUAAUAAUGUAAUUGUGGAGGGUGAAGUAAUUUUACAAAACCUUGCAGAUCGAGAUAAUGACAUAUAUCAAGUAGAUAAUAAAGAAAUAGAUACCAUGUUUGAAAUCUCACCAGACACAUCUAAAGAUCAAAACCGAAUUCAAAGUACAAAUAAAAAUGACGAAUUCACAAACAACCAGAAACAUUCUGACGAUUCAAAACUAAAAGAAAUUUUUAUCGAUCAACAGACUAUAAUAGUAGAUAAUCAAAUAAUGUCACCUAAACUUAUUAGUCAAUUAAAAGGUAAUUACAUAUCUCAAUUAAACAUUAAAGAGGUAGAAAACAUGAUUGAAAAGAAAUCAUCAGAUACAAGCAAUAAUAAAAAAGAGAGAAUAAGUAACGCAAAUUUUUUAGAAAAUAUAAAUUUAGAAGAAAUUUAUAGAGCACCUCGUAACAUAAUUAUAGAAAGCCAAACAAAAUUACUUAAUGUACAAGAUAGUUACAAAUCCCAAGAAUGUAAUAAAAAGGAGAAAAACAUGUUUGAAAAGUCACCAGGCGCAAGUGUAGAAAUAAGUCAAAGUAAUUAUAACAAUGAGUUAACAAAUGACAUAAAACCUUCCAAAGAAUCACAAUUAAACGAAAUCUAUACAGAUCAACUGAAUAUUAUAGAAUAUAGUCAAAUAAUUCCAUCAAAUGUUACUAAUCCUGUGCAAAAUAAUUACAAAUCCCAAGGAAAUGAUAAAGAUGAGAAAAUCAUGUUUGAGAAGUCACCAGAUAUAACUACAGAAAUAAAAAAAAGUAAUAAGAAUGAAUUAACGAAUGACAGAAAACAUUUAAAACAUUCUUUCGAAGGAAAGUUCAAUGAAAUUUAUAUAAAGCCACGAAAUUCAAUUAUAAAUAUACAAAAAAUUUUAUCUAAUCAAGAUCAAGCACCAACGACCGAUCAAUAUGAAAUAAAUAUUAAAUAUUUUAAAAACAUGUUAGAAAACACAACAGAUACAAUUCAAGAAAUAAGUCCAAAAAAUAAUAGAGAUGACAAAGUAAUGAAUGACAAAAUACAUUUAAAAGAUUCAAAUUCAUUAGUACAACAAAACACAGUUAUAAAUGGUGCGACUCAGAAUAUUAAUGAUACAGUUAACGUAAAUACUUCAGAUUUAAAUAACUUUGAAUUAAUUUCUAGUACUACGUUAAAAAAAUCUUUUUCUAGUGUAAAGUCAGUUCCUUUCCAUGAAGACCAUUUACAAAACACUCUAUACAUAAAUAGUGAAGCUGAGAAGAGUAAGAUCGUAGAACAACAUAUUAAAUUAUCACAAUCGUCAUCGACGUCAAAUUUUGACGAUAUUGACACCAAAGCUGCAAAUGUUAAACAAUUAUGUGAAAUAGAUAUUCAAUCCAAGACAAAAAUUAAUAAUGUGUCUAAAAAUAACAGCAUUAGAAUAACUCAUCAUAACAUUAAUGAAAUAUUUAGAAAUAUAAUACAUGAUAAUUUCGAUAUCAGCAAUACAGAAUAUAAUUUUCCAUCAAUUCCUACAGAUCAUAUCCAUAAGAAUGAUUUCAGCAUGAACAAAAAAUAUGAAAAUUAUAUAAAAGUUUCCAAUAAAAAUAGUAAUGCUGUUAAUAAAUAUGGCUCACAGCCCGAAUUACCAAAACAAGUAGAAAAGGAUGAUACAUUAAAUUAUUCUGAUGUUAAACAAGAAAAUGCCAAUCAUUUUCAGACAACAGCCACCUCAUUAAUCAACGGCUUUACAGAAUUAGACAAAAGUAAAUACAAGAAAGAAGCAGCUUUUAACAAAAAUGGCACUAAAUUCGAAAGUUCUGUUAAUGCAUCUUUGCCAAUAUCACCUCAAAAAAGUCAGAUGCUAAAGAAGUCUUCCGAAAUUCAUGUUAAUUUUGCUUUCCAAUUAUAUGAAAGUAAAAACAGGGAAAGAAUACUAAUAUCUUUGGAUGAAUCUAGAUUAAAUGGGAAAAGACCAGAAGAUAAUAUCACAUUAAUAAAAUGUGGAAUGAAAUCUAAUGGGAAUGAAAUAAAAAUUCCAAUAGACUCCAAAUACUAUAUCUCCAUACGGUUAAAAACUAGUACCUUUGGCCCCGGUACAGCGCAAAGAAAUGAGUCUACCCAUACAGAAAGAGCACAGGAUGUGUUAUCAAUGAAAUUAAAUGAGGGGGAAACCACAUGGAAGUCAACAGUGCCAGCAAUGGGGUUAUUACUUAUUAACAAUCAUAUUAUAUAUAAUCAAAUAAAAACUCUAAACACAAUAAGGUAUACUAUUUGA